ACAGAUGAAUAUCAUCUUGUAAACUUGUAAACAAUGUCUAUGUAGUAUAUCUCGCACGUCAUGUUCUGAAGUCGAGGAUCUUAAACCAUCAGCCAUUGAGAUAGAUGCAUGGUAGAUGUAGCUGUUACAAUACAGUGUAUGCAGCCUAAAAGCCGUAUUGAUCAUUGAGGUUCCUGCUAGUCCUUUUCAUGCUGUUUAUGAAGUAUCCAUUUACCCAUGCUUUUGGAUCCCAAUGUCCAAUACUCAAGACUUCUUCGCACUUCGGCCAUAUCUAUCCUUGUGAAUUAGUUGGCAGAGGCGAAGGAUGUCAUUAUAAUACAUAUAUCUGUGUUUGGGAAAACCGAAAGCAAGAAUAAUCGCGAUCGG